GCGGGGCAGGGGGUGGAGAGAUGGCGGACGUGGUUGUCGGCAAAGAGAAGGGCGGGGAGCAGCGGCUGGUGUCGUUGCCUCUGUCCCGCAUCCGGGUCAUCAUGAAGAGCUCCCCCGAGGUGUCCAGCAUUAACCAGGAGGCGCUGGUGCUCACGGCCAAGGCCACGGAACUCUUUGUUCAGUAUCUAGCCACCUACUCCUACAAACAUGGCAGUGGAAGAGACAAGAAAGCUCUGACGUACAGUGAUCUGUCAAAUACUGCAGAGGAAUCAGAAACUUUUCAGUUUCUUGCAGCUAUAUUACCAAAGAAGAUUUUAGCUAGUAAAUACCUGAAAAUGCUUUAACAGAGAAGAGGGGAGAAGAUGAGGAAGAAAGAGAAUGACAACAAUGAUGAAUGUGACGAUGAGGAAGCUGAAUCCUAAACAAACAGAGUGCUUUACAGAUGAGCCUGGCAAGGCCUUCUGGAUGGACAGCAUUGCUUUGAAGCAAGCACAGCUCUGUGACUUCAGUCUCUUCACACCUCAGAGCCUCCGAGGAGACGGCAUCUCCCCUGGCUCAGAGAGCGUCUAAGGCAGCUCCCCCGUAAGUAGCCAACAGGAAGUAACCCCAAGGGCACCCCCUCUUUCAGGCCCACACUGCAGUUGAAGGUUACUGAGGACGAGCUGCCUACACAGUCAGGCUCUGCCAGUUGGUCUGCUACAGCUUGAAGCCGCAGAGGCAGACAACUUUGCUCAGUGUCGUAAUUUACAAAUAGACUUUGAAGAGUUUCUAAAUAUCAGCUGUGUAAAUUCAUAUGCGUAUAUUUUGAAGUUAGGUCUUGUCAACAACUAGAUCCAGUUUUAGGUAAAUAUGUGGUUUAUGGGUCGUAUAUUACAUUUGAAUUUUUGUAUUUCGAGAACAUUUUUUACUCUUUGUCCAACUAUUGCUUUUUUUAAAAAAAACUGUAAACGAUCAUACUUUUCUGUUAAAAUCUGUGUAUAUUUUCACAGUACAUUGUUGUACGGAACUAGUUUUGAAGGCUUUUUAUUGCUGUAGUGCUGUGCUUGCUACCUAAAACUUUGUAAGGUUUGGAAACAAACAGACCUAAAACUCUUACUCCCAGAGAAAAAUCCCAAGUCAAAAUUAUCAAAUACAAAAAGAAAUAUUACCUCUGCAUAAAAAAAAAAAAAAAACAA